AUGGUGGAGAAACAAGCACUACCAACUCUACGACAUCUAGCACCUUAUCGUUUGCAAUGGUUGAACGAUAGUGGGAAUGUUCGUGUCACUAAGCAAGUCCAAGUACGUUUCCGAAUUGGAAAGUAUGAGGACGUAGUGCUAUGCGACGUGGUUCCAAUGCAAGCAUGCCACAUAUUAUUGGGGAGACCGUGGCAAUUUGACAAGGGAGUUAUAUUCGAUGGCAUUACAAACAAAUACUUCUUCAAGCAAGGUGAGAAGAGGAUUGUUCUUGUACCACUAAUUCCUAGCCAAGUUCAUGAAGAUCAAGAAAGCUUGAUAAAGGAGAGUGAACUCGAGAAUGCGAAGAAAAAGAAAGAAAAAGCCGAGGGAUUGAAAGAAAGUGAAAGGGCCGAGAAAAUUGAGAGAAAAAAGGAAAAUGGUGAGCCAGCCAAAGAGGAAAGAAAAGAGGGAAGGCAAAACCUAAUGAUAAAAACCAAUGUAGUGAGAAAAGCUUUGAGUAUUAAUACACCUGUCUUUGUACUUUUGUGCAAAGAGGUGUUGGUUAUUACAAGUGAUCUUACUAACACUUUACCAUCAAGUAUUGUCUCUCUCUUGCAGGAAUAUGGUGAUCUUUUUCCCGCUGAGAUUCCAAAUGGAUUACCACCAAUUAGGGGAAUUGAACAUCAAAUCGACUUGGUUCCAGACGCUUCAUUCCCUAACAAACCAACCUACAAAAUGGGACCAGAUGAAAUCAAGGAGCUACAACGCCAAAUUGAUGAACUUUUAACAAAAGAAUGGGCGCGGGAAAGCUUGAAUCCGUGCGCGGUUCCUAUCAUCUUGUUGCCUAAAAAGGAUGGAAGUUGGCGAAUGUGCACUGACUGUAGGGACAUCAAUGCAAUAAUGGUAAAAUAUCGUCACCCUAUUCCUAGACUUGAUGAUAUUAAGAGUCUAGAUGAACAUGUUGAGCAUGUAAAGCUUGUUCUUGAUGUACUUCGAAGGGAAAAGCUCUACGCUAACCUUAAGAAGUGCUCCUUUUGUACUGAUCAACUUGUCUUCCUAGGCUUUGUUGUGAGUAAACAGGGAAUCAAGGUGGACGAGGAGAAAGUCAAAGCCAUUCGAGAAUGGCCGACUCCAAGCACAGUGGGUGAGGUACGCAGCUUUCAUGGUCUUGCCAGCUUUUAUAGAUGGUUUGUCAAAGAUUUUAGUACCAUUGCUGCACCUUUAACUGCUAUGAUUAAGAAAAAUGAGAAAUUUGUGUGGGGUGAUGCUCAAGAACGUGCAUUUCAAAUGUGA